UAUAUAUUAUAUUAAGCACGUCUCGUCGCGCCCUGACAAUAUAAUAUAAAAACCCGCCGCAUAUGUAUAGGGAUGAUUUUUAUUAUUAUUUCCCUUUUACAUGUGUGUGUGUAUAUAUAUAAUAUAUAUUGUCCUGAUCGUAAGUACGCUACACCGCCCCACGCUCGGGGUAUAUAUAGGCGUGCGGGGACCGACAGAGAUUUCACGGAUCUUAACGCCGCCGCCGCCGCCGACGUUCGCGACCAAUGGGCGCCGCGUCCGCAAGAACCCACCCUCGCCGCCUCCACUGAUUUCAACCCUUAUCGGCUGCAGCGGUGGCGGUGGCCCACGGCGGCGCAAUCGUCAGUCACCCGACAACGGACCACCGCUCACCAUCGACCGUCGACAAUCGCAUCCCCUAGCUGCCAACCGCACAAUAUAUCCAUCGACGUUCUGCACCAUAAUAUAAUAUAAUUAUUUUAUAUUAUACGUUCACUGUCAACAAUCGUUUGGAAAAUUACAUAUAAUAUACUUAUACAGACGCCGGCCGAGUAUUGUGUAGUAACACAACAUACAAAAUCCGGACCAAGGAAACCAAGACGGACAUACAAUCGUCACCAUGAUGGCCACAGGGGAAUCGAUGAAGUUCGCCGCCGCCCGAUUCGGCGGUGCGGGAGGUCUGCUCGACUGCAACUUCCCGUCGCUGUACGUGGACGCGGUCUGGGCGAGAUUCCGGCGACAUCCUGGCGCGUUUGCCGGUGGCCAGAUAGAGGGCUACGCCCGGGCCGUGGCCCUGUCCAGGAACGUCCAGAAGCAGAUGGCCGCAGUGACGGCAACCACGCCGGGCGGCAAGCCCAAGAAACGGUACAUCUGCACGUACUGCGACCGGGAGUUUAGCAAGUCGUACAACCUGCUCAUACACGUCAGGACCCACACUGACGAGCGUCCGUACCCCUGUGACGUGUGCGGCAAAGCGUUCCGCAGACAGGACCACCUCAGGGAUCACAAAUACGUACACAUGAAGGACAAACCGUUCUCUUGCGAAUCCUGCGGCAAAGGCUUCUGUCAAAUGCGCACGUUAGUCAGCCACCGGAAGAACGCGCAAUGUCAAUGGUACCAAUACCAACGGCACCAGGCGAUAGCCACGCAGAUCUCCUCCGCCGGGACCACCGGAACUGCUGCCACCGCCGCAGUGGCCGCCGUGGCGUCCCCCGACACAGUCCGAAACGGAAGUCUCACCGAUUUCAGUAUCAAAACUCUGCUGGGAAUCGGCGACGACCAUUAACAUAGUAGGUACCUGAACGUCCUGAACACUUAAUACCGACUAAAAUACAUAGUUGGUUUUCAAUAAAAUUUAUCGCAGUUUUUCAUACGGUGAAUUAAUGUACAAAAAUAACGUAAAUACAAGACAUUAUAGAAUAUUGUAUUAUUACUACUAGCUAUUAAUUAUUAUUGUAUUGUUAUUAUUAUUAUUAUUAUUAUGUUAUUAUUAUGUAUAUUGUAUAUAUAGUAUAAUUAAUGUAUUGUUUAGUUUUUUACGAAUAAAUCGUUCAAUAUUAUUACACAA